CUACACUGAGAGGUAGGGAGAACGGAGCCUGAGGAGCCCGGCCGAGCCUGAAGUGUCAGCUCCUCAACAGAUCACAUGGGCUCUCGGUUAGUCACCGAAGGACACCUGUCCACCCGCCGGUGGAAUCUGAUGUAGAAAAGGGGCAGGGUGAUGAAACUCGCUGGCACCCCAUCACUGCCAGUCAGCUUGAUCCUCAUGGACUUUGGACGGACCAGAGGCAGGGAUGGUUGGCUAUGAUGCCAAAACAGAUGCCAGGAGUAACUCCAAGCUGGAGGUGGCGGUGGCGGGAUCAGUGUCAGGAUUUGUCACUCGUGCCCUGAUCAGCCCUUUGGAUGUCAUCAAGAUCCGUUUCCAGCUGCAGAUUGAACGCCUGAGUCCAAGUGACCCCAAUGCCAAAUACCACGGGAUCUUUCAGGCGGCCAAGCAGAUUCUGAAAGAGGAGGGCCCACGAGCCUUCUGGAAAGGACACGUUCCAGCCCAGAUGCUGUCCAUAGGCUACGGAGCUGUCCAAUUUUUGGCCUUUGAAGAACUGACCGAACUGCUUUACCAAGCCAACUUGUAUCAAAUGCACCAAUUCUCAGCGCACUUCAUAUGUGGCGGCCUGUCUGCUGGGACAGCCACCCUCACCGUGCACCCUGUGGAUGUCCUGCGCACCCGCCUUGCAGCUCAGGGUGAGCCCAAGAUCUAUAAGAAUCUGCGAGAGGCCAUACGGACCAUGUAUCGGACCGAGGGCCUCUUCGUCUUCUACAAAGGCUUGACUCCCACCGUGAUCGCCAUCUUCCCCUACGCGGGCCUGCAGUUCUCCUGCUACCGCUCCUUGAAACGUGCCUAUGACUGGCUCAUACCACCAGACGGAAAGCAAACAGGAAACCUUAAGAACCUGCUCUGUGGCUGUGGAUCUGGAGUCAUCAGCAAGACUCUGACGUAUCCCCUGGACCUCUUCAAGAAGCGCCUGCAGGUGCGCGGCUUUGAACGUGCCCGAUCUGCCUUUGGCCAGGUUCGGAGCUACAGGGGCCUCCUGGACCUCGCCCAGCAAGUGCUACAAGAGGAAGGUGCCCGGGGCUUCUUCAAGGGCCUGACCCCCAGCCUGAUGAAGGCCGCACUCUCCACCGGCUUCAUGUUCUUCUGGUACGAGCUCUUCUGUAACCUCUUCCAGUGCAUAAGGAAGGAGGACAGAUAGUUGAGGCAGGAGGCGCCUCCCCAACGAGACUUGGCUCUGAGCUCAUACUGAGCAAUGGCUGCUGUCUGGUUGGCCUCCUGGCCAGCUGCCGAGAGCAUGAAGAGUCAUCCAGAGCUGAAGGCAGAAGAAGGCAAGGGUCUUUGCUGAACAGAAGGAAGAGAGAAGGGACUGCUUGCACUGUAGAAAGGAGGCCGAGGUGGUGGAGCCUGGUACGUGCACCUCACCUCUGACUAGCCCAACCCGGAAGGAACUGGCCAUCUUUGCAGUCCUGGUUUUGGGGAGAAAGCUCCUAGUCCUGGUAGGACCACACUGCAGUGCAGACGGGUGGGGCUGGGCUCUGGGCACAGUUCUAAACGCCAUGACUUGGUCUGCUUCUCCUGCCAACUUAUUUAAUAGACAUUAAAGUAAAAGGUGUGUUU